CCGGUGGUGUUGGUAUUGCCGUUACUAUUGGUACGGAUACAGUAGUCCCUCGUGUACGUGCAAUUAGCGGCGGAAUGGCGGCGGCCCCGAGCCGCAAUCGGUGCCGCUUCAAGACAAUGCCGGGAGCUCAUCGCCUGCACUCCGUCCUGUUUGUCCUUUUGGGCCUCACACUGGCAACGUUGGCAACCGGAAAUGACGCUAUUUCCGCGCCGAAAUCGACAAAGGACCUGCAGCAGCCGCAGCAGCCGCAGCAGCAGCAGCCGUCGCCGAAUCGCCAGCAGGACAUCGAAGAUGAUGGCGGCGGCACCCGACCAGACAAGGACUUUGACUUUGCCGCCUAUGUGAAUGAUUUCAAUUUGCAAGAAGAGGCCACCAUUCCGGAGGACAUAUUUGACCAGCACGAUGGUGACAUCGAGGAUGAGGUCCUCGGUUCGCCCCAGAUGCAAUAUGUUCCAUCUGGUGCAGCAGCUCCAUCUGGCACAAACGAGGAGGAGGACGACGAUGACGAGGACGACAACGAUGACGAGGAUGCGGGACUUGGCCUGAUGGAGCAUGGGCAGCAGCAGGACGAGGAGGAUGAGGAUGCAUCCGAGGCAGCUGAUAUUAUACUUGAAUCUCAAAGGCCCACUUCAAAGAAUUUCAGUGUUUACCUGGACGCCAAGAAAUACCAAAAUAACAACAAUGCCAACAACAAGAAGAGGGCCAAGGAGAAGAAGAACAAUAUAAGCCACUACAACUACAAAUUGAAAAACAAUAAGGAAAACCAGCCGGCGACUAAAGCAACUAAGGCCGUCGAUGGAGGAGAUGGAGGAGAAGAAGGAGCUCCUACCGUAGGUGGUACAACGUUCACUUCCGGCGACGAGGACAACGCGAACUUUGGCAGGCAAAGUUUUGCGUAUAAAAAAUUUAAGAACAUGCACGAACAGCAAAAUCAACAGCAGGAGCAGCAGCAGCAGCAGCAUCAGAAGGAGCAGCAGGAACAGGAGCAACAUCAGCUGCCAAAGGAGCAACGGAAGCGUGGCGACGAUGGACAGCAACAACUACUACUUGAGGAGUCGCAGCUGUUCGAUUCCAUUGAAAUAUUAAAUGAACGAAAAUUUAAUAAGCCAACUGGCGGCCAGGAGCAGCAAAAGGAGCAGCAACACGGGGCCAGACAGGUGGACGAGGCCAUUGGCGAUAUCGAGGACAAUUUGGAUAAUGAUGAAGUAUUGCCAACAGACAACGAUGGCGAUGACGAUGACGUUGGCGAAGACGAUGAGGAUGGGGGCGAGAGUUUGGACAUUAAGUUGUCCAAUGACAAUGAUGGAUUGCUUAACAAGAAGAAAAACUCAGUUGCCGCAUUAACAACAACAACAACAGCAAUGCCAACAACAGAUACAGCAACAACCAAAGUCACACCAACAACGACAACUUCAACACCAACAAGCCCCGCAAGCAGUUCAACAACAAGGACACCAACACCAAUAAUUGGCCACAAACAAAAGCGUCAUGGCGGCAAUGUCUUUGGCUUAAAGAGGCCAAUACCAACGGAGAGCAGAUAUUAUGGCAGCAACUAUGAGAUCGGCAGGAUUAGGCAGCAGGAGGAGGAGCAGGACAGUGAGGAAGAUCAGGAUUUGAAUUUGGGUGAGAUGCACUACUAUGACAAUGGCAACAUCAAGCGGAAGCUGGCCACCUUCGAUACAACCAGGUCGCAGGACCUGGAAGAGAACUCCUUGAGCUUCUCUGCGAUACGGAAGCUGCAGCAGCCGCGUUUCGUGGACGAUGACUAUGCCGAACAGCAGCCGCCGCCGGAAGAGGAGGAGGCAAAGGUCGAGGUGGAAAGUCCUCCAGAUGAGGGGAAAUUGGAAACUGAUGUGGAUUCAGCUUGGCAACGCUAUCGUCAGGACACCACCGAGUCACCAACCUCAGCCCCAGAGUCUGCCUUCGAACGUUUCAAGGCUCUCCGCCGUAGUCGCCAGCGGACGGGACACAAGAGCCACAAGAAGCGCUACAAGGACUAUUUGAAGCGGCAGCCAGUCGGGACAACUCCUCCUCCUCCGCCAGAGCCCACCGCCUCAGCCAGGCAUCUCCAAAAGCUUCAGAAGGAGAGGGAACGUGAACGGGAACGAGAACGAGAACGUUCCUUCUCCUCCCACUCACCGCCCAUAUUCGCCGUGGGUUUGAGACCCCAGAAACCCUUCUAUGAGGGACAGGUCAACUAUUUCGAUCACCAUCAGCUGGAGCAGGAGCAAGAGCAGCAGCAGCAGCUGGAGGAGGAUCUCAAGCAUCGCACAGAGAUGGAGCGACUGAUAGCUCACGACAAUGGCAAUUGGUAUCGAAGGAUAAGUCCAGUGCUGCGCAAUGGUGUCAAGACCCAGGGCGAAAACCAGAAACAUCAUCACCAGCAGCAUCAGGAGCACCAUCAACACCAUCACAGUGGACACUUGAACAAUCAUCAUCACCACCAACAUAACCACCACUAUAACCACCAUCGCAGUCAGCACAAUCAUCAUCAGAAAUCGACGUCAGGUAAUCUGCGAUCACGAGGCAGUAAUCCCUACCAAAGGAAGGCCGGGCAGACCACAUUAGGAGGUUCCAGUGCCACCAGUUCUCCGCCACCGACGCCUCCACUGCCGCCACCAAAACCGCAGCUGGGACACCAGAUCACCGAAUUGCAGCACUUGGAGCGUUACUAUGCCAAGUGGCCACAUCUAGCCCGAGUGCAGUUCCAGGUCUACGAUGAACACUACCGCGAAUCCCAUCCAGAGUUGUACAGCGAUUACGAGGAUGACUACGAGAGCGCCGCCGAGCUGGAGGAGGCACAGCAGGAGCGCGGCGAGGAGGCCAAUCUGCCGCCAUACAUCAAGAAGUACAAUCGGAGGAACAAGCAACUUCUCAACCUGCUCGAAGGAACCCUGCCCACGCCCACCAAUGCUCCGCCGCCGCCAGGAGGCAGCAGCAGUAGCACCGAAUCCGGGGUCCGGUUGGAUGAUGAGUAUCUAAAGGAGAAGCGGCGUCGCUAUCAUCAGCAUCAGCACCAACGCUUCGAUUUGUUUGCCCAACAGCGGAGUCACCUGAAUGCCACGGAGACAUCGCCCACGCCCACGCCCACCUUGCCUGUGGCUCAUCAUCAGCCAGCAGCAGGAGCCAAGGAGAAGAGCUCCUCCAAGGACGCUGGGUACAUUUACGUGGGCAGUGGCAUGGUCAUAAAGCCACUCAAACUUAACGAUGGCGUAUUCAAAGAUGAGGAAUACAAGGACGAGAUCGAGGAGGAACGAAGAGCGGCAUCCACAACCACGGCUAGCAAUCAUUUGCCAGAGGAAGAUGUUGCCGCCUCGGAUUCCAUGGAAGAACACCCAGAUCCAGGGCCAGCCUCCUCCGCUGCCCUGGACUUUUGGCAGCGGGAAAUGGCCAAUAAGGCAACAGCUUCAGGCACAUCCACCACGUCCACGUCCACACCGAAGCCGGCUCUGUUUAAGCUACCCUCGUAUCCGGCCAUAGCCGGCAGCUUCCUGGGAACGCCGCGCAGUCGCAGCCGGAGUGCUCAGUUUGUGGCCAAUGUGGCGGGUCGUGGCCAAAGCAGUUGGCCCCGCCUGGAGACAAUGGUCAAUGCCACGGCAGAGAAGCCAGCCGGGGGAGGAGGAGGAGCAGGAGGAGGAGGAGAGAAUCCUCCAGGAGGAGGAGGAAGCGGCAAAGGAGCACCCUCGCCGCUCAAUUCAUUCGUUUACCAUCGCGUUGUGGAUGGCAUCGGCAUGGCCAACGGCAUUGGUGGUGGCAUUGGUUCCGGCCUGGCCGGAAGCAGCAUAGGCAAGCAGUCACGCCUGCCAUUCGUGGCCAUCACGGAUCGGCGGCUGGACAGGUCGCUGGGCGAGCGACACAAAGACUUUGAGCAGAAUCACUAUCCGAUGCCUUAAGCCGCCGCAGCUGGAUAGGAUCAGAGCUGGAGGGGAAUGGCAGACAUACAUAUAUAGAGCCAGAGGCGCAGUAUCGCUGAAUGGGUAACAGGAAUGGAAAGUGGAGAAAGGAUAAUAGAGAUCGUUGGAACACACAUUUUCUCA